AUGGCGUCGUUCGUGUCCGGCCUUAGUCCGAUACCCUCCUUCCCGGAGUAUCUGGGUCCCUACAAAGUGGGCACAGUGGACGUCGAGAUACCCGUCUCCGAGCUAGAGUCCCCAAGCACUGUGCCAGACGGCUCCUCCCAUAUCCAUACCGUUCUGUUCAGGAUAUUCUACCCUGCCGUGCCCGAAUCAAAUGGCAAGCAUGUGUCCUGGCUGCCAGCACCGCAGCGCCUUCAUAUCGCUGCCUACACGCAGUUUCUAGGAGCAGGCAAUACCCUAGCAUCCCUCCUCUCCUUUCUCCCGCGGCACCUCCACUGGACCUCCAUCCCAGCCCACAAGAACGCCACGCUCCUCCCUCCCCCAUCCGACCGACCCGCGGGACGAUGGCCCACCAUGAUCUUCUCCCACGGCCUCGGCGGCAACCGCAACGCCUACAGCCACUUCGCCGGCUCACUCGCCUCGCACGGCGUCGUGGUCGUCUGCCCCGAACACCGCGACGGCAGCGCGGCCCUCACGCUGGUGCGCGACCCCAAGAGCGCGACCCCCAAAACCAGCCAGCACGCCGUGCCCUACCUGCGCAUCGCCCACACCCAGACCCCGGACGCCUGGUCCGCCCGCAACAAGCAACUGCGCAUCCGCCUUUGGGAACUGGGCCUGCUCUUCGAGGCCCUCACCACCCUCGACCGCGACCCAGGCACCCUCACCAACCUCACCACCACCCCGGCCCCCACCCUCGCCCAGUUCGCCCACACCCUCGACAUCCACACCCCCGGCCGCGUGCUCUUCGCCGGCCACUCCUUUGGCGCCGCCACCAUGGUGCAGCUGCUCAAGUCGGCCUUUUACGCCACCAGCACCACCGCAGCCGCAACCAAAAACGUGGACUCGGACACAGACACGGAUACGGACACAAUCACGGAUGCCGACCAGCCCGGCGUCGGGGCGCUGUUCGCGCCGCGCCCGACCAGCGCCGUCGCGCGCCAGGUCACCGCCCACACGCCCGCCGUGCUGCUCGACAUGUGGUGCUUCCCGCUGUUGGGGGCGGAGGGCGCGGCGCUGGCAAGGCUGCCGCUGCCGUGUUACGCUCCUUCUUCUUCUUCUUCGGCGUCGUCUGAUGGGGGCGAGGAAGGGAAGGGUGAGGAAGGGGAAGAAGGAGGGAGAGCGUCGCCGGGGGGCAAGGCGGUGCUGGCGGUGGAGUCGCGCGCGUUUUUCAAGUGGACCGAGCACCUGCAUGCGAAGGCGAGGAUCCUGUCGCCGCGGCCGGAGGAGAGGGGGGAGGUUACGGAGGAGGUGUUUCGGCGGGAUGGAGGAAAGGGGGAAGAGGGGUCCUGGGCCCGGCCGCACUUCUUCUACGUCGACUCGUCGGCUCAUCUUAGUCAGAGCGACUUUGGCGUGCUGUUCCCCUGGCUGACGAAGCGCGUGUUCAAGUCGGAUAACCCCGAGCGGGCGCUGCGGCUGAACAUGCGCGCGGUGCUGCAGUUUUUGAGGGAGAACGCGGUGCCUGUGGCCGGGACGGGGAGGGCGGCGUUGGUGGAUGGGGGGUAUUCUGGUGUGAAGCAGCAGGAGUGGAUGGAGAGGGAUGAGGUUAUCCUGGAGAGAAGUAAGGACGGGAAAGGAAAGGUGGAUGCGUGGAGGUGUAUUGAUGUUCUCGGACUGGGAGCAGAGGCGGGGCCGUCUGAACUGGAACUGAGGGAGAAGGAGGGCGAGGAGCGGCAGGUCAAGGCCGAAGAGGGGGAGAAGGAUAUGCAAGGGGAGAUUGACCCAACGUUGGAGAGUGUGGCGAAGGGGGCGGCCGUGCAUGCUACUAGGGAGUUGGUUGGCGCGGAAAAUUAAGUCGGUUCAUCAGGGGCAUGUGGUCUGUUUACUUUGCGAGGCGCUGGAGGAUAAUGCAUCAUUAGAGGGGCUUGUUGUAGCAUCUUUUCAUGUUAGACUAUAGAUUUUGUAUUUGUAUUCGGCAAUCAUCGUACCAGUAGGCCCCGAGUUAAACUCGAACUCGUUAGUUUUUUUUCACAAUCGUGCUCCUUUUAAGAGCAUCAAC